CCAUAGGACCUCGAAAGUACAUAACUACAGCACAAAAUAGUAGUUUUUAUCAUUUAAUUUCCCUCAUCUAUAAAGAAACUUGUAAAAAGAUACGCGAAUAAUAAUGGCGUUUUAAUACUGUUUUAUUUUGGAAAUGUUUAACUACUUUUGUAGAUUAUGAUGUCCCAUAGAAACAAAAACGUCUCGUACUGGCAGUACCUACUUGUCAGCCAUAGUAACUCGUCAACCCAAGUAGCCCUUUCCUUUGUGAAUUCUAAAUCCAACUAUAGUGUUUGUUCCUUUCCAAUAUAUGAAUUUUAGAUGUUUUUGACCAACUUUAAUUGUCGUAGAUCAUUAUGUUGUGAAUUUUAAACGUACUUAAUGGCGUACUCGUUCCGUAACCUCAAUCAAGCGGAAGUGACUGAAACCUGCUGGUUAUAGUGGAUAUAUGCAUUCGAAGAAGCUUAGUGUUAUUUUGUUUGUACCCUAAUUACCUUUAAUAUCAUAUGCAAGUGAUACUAACGAUAUAAUGGUAGAAAUAGGUGCUCCACAGCAAUCUGCAGAAGACAGUUUAGAAAAUGCCGAAUGGUAUUGGGGAGAUAUUACUCGGGAUGAAGCUAAUGAAAAAUUAAGAGAUACUUGUGAUGGCACUUUUCUAGUCAGGAAUGCCUCAAAUAAAGAUAGUGGCUACACAUUAACAGUAAGAAAAGGGGGCACAAACAAAUUAAUUAAGAUAUACAAUCAAGAUGGCCGCUAUGGAUUUUGUGAACCUUUUGAAUUUAAAUCAAUUGUUGAUCUUGUUGGAUUCUAUACUGAGUAUUCGUUGGCACACUGUAAUAGCAGUUUGGAUAUUAAACUCAUGUAUCCACUCUCCCGGAAUCAAGAGAAUGAUGGAGGAGAAAAUAUAAAUGAUGAAACAUUGGAAACACGAUAUAAAGACAUUCAUAAAGAAUUUGUACUAAAAACUAGAGAUUAUGAUGAGCGAUCUGACAAAUAUAUGAGGUUACGAGAAGAAGUUAAAUUCAAAAGACAGGCUUUAGAUGCUUUUAAGGAAACUUUGAAGGCAUGUGAAGAUCACCUAAAACUACAAGAAAAAAUGCAGUCUGAAGCACAACCUCAUGAAAAAAUUGAUGUUAUUGAGAACAAUAGACAAUUAAUAUUGAGAGUAAACAGCUUAAGGCAAGCCCGAGUACAAUUGCACAAUAUUCUUAAAGAAACUGUCGAAUCUAAUUUGUUGCUAGAAAGAGAAAUAACAAAAUUAAAAUCAGAAAUUAUUAAUCUUUACAAAAUAAAAGACCGCUAUAAAGUGUGGUUACAACGUCGAGGCAAAACUGAAGAAUACCUCCAAGCUUUGGAAGAUGACAAUAUACAUAAACUUGAAGAAUUAUAUGCACAUCGUGAAAUGAUUACGUGGAUGGUAGAGAAUUGUACACGGGAUAUGGCAGAGAAACUUUUAGAAGGAAAACCUCAGGGCACUUUUUUAAUCAGACCUAAUUCGACUGGUCAGCUUGCUCUGUCUAUUUGUUGUAAUAAUUUGGUUUAUCAUUGCAUAAUUUUUAAGACUGAAAGAGGUUAUGGAUUUGCAGAACCUUACAAUAUCUACAAAACUUUAAAUGAGCUAGUAUUACAUUAUGCUUCUAACUCCUUAGAAGAACAUAAUGAACAAUUAAGGACUGCAUUAAAAUAUCCAAUUAAUGCAUGCUUAGUGAAAAAGCCAGAUAAAAAAAUGCAGGAAACACAAACGGAUAUGCGGUUACAUCAGGAGUCUCACCAUGAAGCACAACUACAAACACAUCAGCGUCGACAGAGAAAGCAACGUCAUCCACUUCCAUAAAACCAUCAUGUAAAGAAUUUGACUUAAAGCUUUCCUAGUCAUUUUUGUGAGUAAAAAGACUAGAGUAAUUGAUUGUCAAUUUUCAAAUUGAUAUACAUCAAUGCCAAUUUCUCCUGUGAAGCCCAAACCUCAUAGAGUUAAUAAUUUAUGUAGCUUGAUUGCGAUAAAAGAGGUUUCUUAUAAGAUGCGUAUUUUGCAUCUCUUGCAAUAUGUGAUAUUUCUUAGUAAUGGCUUCUUAUGUGAUAAUCUAUGUGGACAGUAUGUUCAUCUUUUUUAACUGUAGUAUUUGUUCAUGGUAACAAAAAAGAAUUUUCAGUGUGCACUUCAUUGUAUAAAGUCCUACCAUGACAUAAAUAUAUAUUUGUAAGGGUAAGAAGUGCAUUUUAUUGUCUGGUCUGUAUUAUUUUAUAAUCAUAUUUUAGAAUGCGAAAGUAUGGGUCAAAUGUACAAAACAAUAUUUAUAAGUUAAACAUUGUUGAUUUAUCUUGUAAUACUGUGGUUACACAAUAAUUUGAAUAGUUUUACAUAUUUAUAUAGCUCAUGAGUUUUUAUUACUAAAAUAUUUUCAUAAAAUUAAGAUCUGCUAACAACAUUGUAAGAUUCAUUUAAGUUAUAUAGACUCCACUUUUAUAAAAAAAAAUAUGAUUAGGUAGAACCAAACAAAAAUAUUACUUUAUGAUAUUAUACCCACAAGAUAAGUAAAUACACACUUCUUGUCAAGUAAAAGACCAAAGCAAAGCCAAUUGGAAGUGAAAAGUAAUUUAUUAUAUAAAAAGAUACAGAAGUAAAUCUUUGUAUCUGAGAUACAUUCACUUUUUAUUUUGAAUAAUAAGCCAAAACAAUAACUACAUGCUGUAUUCAAGCAUGAAUUCUACUUAUUUAUGUUUGAUAGGUACUUGACAUUCCUUGUUCAAAAACCACACAAAAAUAAAAAAUAUGUAAAUGAGUAGAUUUAAAAGUGUGUAUAUUUUGUAAUUUCUUUGAUAACUAAGAACUUAUCUCUGUUGAUAAUGAAAAGAGAAAUCGAUUUUUUCUUAAGGCAAGCAGAGCUUUGACUAUCUCAUUGCUAUAUUUCUUCAUUAUUACAACAAUGAAUGAAAAGGUUUCCUUACGACUUUUUUUUCCCUUUGCAAUGCACCACUUAUAUAAAACAUUUGUGUUCUUGAAACAAUUAUUGCUAAUGCAAAUAAAAAACCUUGAACUUGUGGUAAAAUCUACAUUUUCUAUUCAAUAGUCUGACUUACUUAGCUUCUUGUAUGUUUGCAAUUAUUUGAUCAGAUCUUUGCUUUUGUUUUAAAGCUUGUACCUUGAAUACUACAAAUGUAUUAAUAUACAUUAAAAUACCUUCAAGGCGCUACGAGAAUGACGCCAGGCGCAUAAAAUUGCAUUUUCACAAAUGAAAAAUAGGCAACAAAUUGUCUCGUCUAUAUAUGACACUGGCAAAAGUUUCUGUAAAAACUCCUUAAAUUUGUAAACAAUGUCGUGGAAGUAAUGAUAACUUUCUGAAGAAUUGCUAAUUAUUUCAAGGGAAAUAAAAUAAUUACUAUCGUCCAAAAUAUACAACACUAAGUUUUUGUUUGUUGCACCGUUUUUAACAAAGAUCAUUUUUAUUUUAUCUUAAUUAUUUCCACAGUUUGAAUUGAUUUCAUUAGUUUGUCAGGAAUAAUAUUACAAAUUACAAUAUCCUUUAAUUCAUCAUAGUGCAUGAAAUAAAGAUCAUUUAAAUAAUAUAAUAUAGAUUAUAGAAUAACUUGCUUUCAAAAACAAUUUAAUCCAAUUCAUCACAUUUUGAAGACCUCUUUCCAUUUUAUAAGAACUCUUGUCUUACUUGAUUUAAGUAGACUUUAUUCACGGGAAAGCAGUAUUUUAUUGUCUAUUUGGUAGUCAAGUUAAACAAUGAAUGCUGCCUAACAUUAUUCUAAAACCAAAUAAUAUUAAAAUGUUUGUGUAACUUUUUGUUUGUUGUUUCAGAGAUAAUAUAAUGUGACGAAAAAUUUGUAGGUGGUUCAAAUAAAUAUAACUUUAUUUUUAUGUUAAGAAAGUUUUUUUUCUUAAAAAUUAAAUUUUCGAGUUAGUUUUGCGGUUUAUUUACGAACGUGUUAUUUGAAAUUUAAUGAACUAAAUUCGACAUUUGAAAUGUAUUUAUUUCACAUUAUUUGUGCAAUUAAUUGUGGCUAAUUUGUGUGUUAGUUCUCGAUCUAUAGCUUUUCACAAAUAUGUAUUGUAGCAAUAAUGUUUCGAAUUUAUGUUUUUUUCUUCAUACAGAAUUUAAACUUGUAUCAACAGGUGUAUACAGAAAAAUAAAUAACUUAGUUAUUUGAUUGAUAAAAGUUUUACCUAUUCAUAUAAAUUGUUUUUAUAUACAUACUUAUAAAGAGUAUUGCUUUAAAUAAAUUGUAACAUAUAAAUAUAGACUUUUAAAAAAAAUAAUAAGUUACAGAUUAUUUAAGUGAGAUUAUUAAAUUGGAGUUAUUUUUGUAUUUACGUCUAUAGGUAUUAUUAAAUUUUGUAUGUAUAGUAGAUGUUACAACUUUACUAUUAUUUUUAUAAUAUGUAUCAAAUCGUUUGCAAUUACGUAGUAGUAAAUAUUGAAUAUGAUCUCAUUGAUAAAUUAGUUUACAAAGUGGAAAAGCCAAUCUAAUAUGCAAAUAUUUAAUAGAAGUAAAAAUCAGCUUGUACUUUUUCAAUCAUGAUAUAAAACUCACCUAUGGAAACUUUAAAAAGUUGUCAUUUUUAUAAUAUUGUAAGUUGAAAUGUGUUGAAUAAACGAUUUAUCAGUAAGUUUCUAAAUAA